AGUAAGAGUAAGUAAGUUGUUAAUUCAUUGCGUUUGGUUCACAGUGUUAUCGGCAAGUUUAGUGAAACUGAUGUUUAUCAGUUAAAUAACUAUUGAUUAGCUGUGUUUGUUCAUUAUUGUAUUAGUAAAUAGGAGUUUCAAGGAAGUGAAAUAAUAUUUAGUGUGUUUAGUUCACAAAAUAUUUAGAAGCAGUAGAUUUUAUUUGGACAACUACCGCAUUGGUAGCCUUGUCCUAGGCUUAGAUUUGUCCAGCAUUCUUACACCCUGCAAAAUCUACUAUGGUUUAUAAACUGAGUAGCAUACUUUUUGGACAUUCAUUAGAUGUCAGGUCAUUAGCAACAACAGAAGAUGGGAAGAUCAUAUCUACUUCAAGGGAUAAAACAGCCAAAGUGUGGAUACCAAAUGGGUUAAACGCAGGAUACAAUGAAGCAGCAACACUGCGGGGUCAUACCAGUUUUGUGAGCUGUGUUUGCGUGUUAUCUCCAUUUCCCCAGUACCCAAAUGGCCUUAUAUUGACUGGAGGUUGUGACAAGAAAAUUUGUGCUUUCCAUCCCACACUCUUCCAACCUUUAUUCAUCCUGGAUGACCACAAGGAUAACGUGUGUUCAUUGAGUGCUGGCAUACAACCGGGGUUUGUCCUAUCCUCGUCAUGGGACAAGUCGGCUAAGUUGUGGCGCGUAGGCGAGCAGGAGUGUGUGCUGACACUCACCGGACACGAACUCACUAUCUGGAGAGUGCUACAAAUGGCGAACGGCACGAUAGUCACCGGCUCCGCUGACAAGACGAUACGUGUCUACUCUCCAGACGGCACCUACCUACGCACUCUCACAGGGCACAAGGACUGUGUACGAGAUCUGGCGGCUGAGUCGGCAGUAGAGUUGUUGUCUUGCGCAAAUGACGCGACCAUCCGUAAGUGGAAUGUGGACACUGGAGAGAGUUUGGAGGUCUACUUUGGUCACAAACACUACAUCUAUUCAUUGGUGGCUAGUGCGGGACUGAUGGUGUCUGGAGGAGAGGACAGGGCAGUUAGGGUCUGGACUGGCAAGGAGUCGGAGGAGAUAACGCUACCUGUUCAGAGUGUGUGGGCAGUGGCGAGGCUCCCCAACGGCGACAUUGUCACGGGCACCAAUGAUGGAGUUGUGAGAAUAUUCAGCGCAGACCCAGCCAGACAGGCCGACCAGGCGACCUUGGCUUCUUUCCAAGACGACAUUGCCAACUUCGGAAAAGCGGAUGAGCAGGAAAUUGGAGGUGUCAAAGUCUCCGACCUACCAGGUCCAGAAGCUCUGUACGAGCCAGGACGCGCAGAUGGCCAGACCAAGAUGGUGCGCGAGGGUGCUAAAGUUGUGUGUUACUCAUGGUCAGCCGCCAACGGAGAAUGGAGCAAGAUCGGAGACGUCAUGGGAGCGCAAGCUGCUCCGGGUAAAACCAUCUACAAUGGCAAGGAGUACGACUUUGUGUUCAGUGUAGACAUAGAGGAUGGAAAGCCCCCUCUUAAGCUUCCGUACAACCGAGGCGAUGAUCCAUGGCUGGCCGCUCAACAGUUCAUCCACCGCAACUUCCUGAGCCAGCAGUUUCUGGAACAAGUGGCCAACUUCAUCAUCACCAACAGCAAGGAUGACACAGUCACACCUCCUGUCUCCGGUGCUGUCGAUCCCUUCACAGGUGGUGCCAGGUAUAUCCCUGGUGGUGGAGGUGGUAGUGGUGCAGGAGUCACAGGUACAGACCCAUUCACAGGUGGUACCCGUUACGUUCCUGGCUCUGGCCCACCCACCCAAGGUUCCGGGAUGAGCACCACCGAUCCAUUCACUGGUGGUACACGGUAUGUGCCGAAUGGUACACCGGCCGCCUCUCCCAGCAAUCUGUUCCCCCAGACCAGCUACCUGCGAUUUGACCAGGGCAAUCUUCAGCCUAUACAAGACAAACUUAUAGAGCUGAAUCAAAGGCAGCCAGACAAUGUGUCGCAGGAUGAUCUACUGGCUGUAGUGAAGCUGGGGAACCUAGGGGCUGGGGCCGACUCUGCGGCACUCACCACUCUUAGGAGGUUACUCAAUUGGCCACCAGAGGUGGUAUUUCCUGUGCUGGAUGUGACGCGACUAGCUCUACGCAACUCCGCCAUCAAUGACAGCUUGUGUGCGGAACCCCAGGGGGCGGAGCUGAUGACGGUGUUGGAGAACCACCUGAGCUCCUCUGGACUGCCCACCAACCAGAUGCUGGCUCUACGGGUUACCUGCAACAUGAUGAGUCACCCACGAGGCGAGGCUCUGGUCAUCAGCAAGAGACAUUUCCUCCUUGCUGCCGUACGGCAACUGGCCACCAGUAAAGCCAACAAAACCUUACAGAUAGCAUUGGCGACACUGCUGCUGAACCUGUCAGUAGCUGUGCUUAGAGUGAACGACGUGCCCUGCCAGCACGAGGUAGUGGCCAGCCUGAGCCUAGUUCUGCCGUGGCUGCCAGAGCCUGAGGCCGUCCUGCGGGGGUUCGUAGCACUGGGCACUUUGCUGCAGCAUAGUGGCUCGCUACACGCCGAGGUCGGUCCGGAAACCCUGGAGAGGUUAAAGACUAGUCAGACCGCAGCGUCAGACCCCACCCAGACCAAGGUUGCCAACUGCGCUAGACAAAUACUGAAUCUGCUCAAGCUCCAGUGACAUUCUGCCAGAAAGCCUACUCUCGUUGCCGGCUGAUACCGUUUGUGAUAUCUGCUAAGCCGCUUCCUAAUUUGAAUAAUUUAUUUCUCUAAGAGGAGUUUUUAUAAUUUGGAUUUGUAUUUAACUGUAUAAAGUAAUUGUAUUGUA